AUGGACCGCGGCAAUGGCGCCGGUCCUCCUGGAGGUCCCAGCAGGGCCGAGCGAUUCGAGGACGAGAAGCGGCGCAUCAUCGAGACGUGCUUCAACAAAAAGGACCCCGACGGCUCCCUCCAGGAGACAUAUAUCACGCACAUUCGCAUCGUCGAGUUCUCGUCCCACCCGGCGUCGCCACCGCCCGCCAACGCGCGUGCCCCCGAGGCCGAGAAACCACGCGUCAUCAUCAUCGCGGUGCGCAAGUCCGGCCGUGUGCGCAUGCACAAGUCCAAGGAGAAUCCAAACGGGACCUACUCGAUCGGGAAGACGUGGAAUCUGGAUGACCUGACGCGGAUCGAGUCGUACACGGCCCCCAGUGUCUCAUGGGAGCACAGAGAAUCCGCGGGGGAGACGGGGUUCCUGGUCUCGCUCGGGAAACCGUACUUUUGGCAGGCACAGAGCGACAAGGAAAAGAAAUUCUUCAUUGCGUCCAUGAUCAAGAUCUACGGCAAAUACACGAGCGGAAAGGUGCCUGAGCUGGUAGGUUUCGAUCAGAAAGAGCUGGACCAGGUGCUUGGCGCUGGCAAGCGAUAUCCCCCUCCUCUGCAGCGGCAGCAGAGCAACCAGACGUGGAGCGCCUCAUCCGCCGCGACAGCCGUUCCACCCCCUUCUCUGCAGCGACAGCAGAGCAACCAGACAUUUGCCUCGUCCGCCGCGACAAUCGUGCCAGAUGCCUCGAGCCCGGUGCCCUCGGCCCUCACGCCAGGCCAACCCCCAGGCCAACCCCCAGGCCAACCCCCAGUCCAGCCCCCAGUCCAGCCGCCCAGUCAAGGCCAGGCGCGCAGUCGCAGCCGCAGCCGUGGUCCCUCGCCUGGCCGCGGCCCGCCCCCGUCGGUCACUGGUGAGCCACCCUCGAGGCCUCAGCAGUGGACACCACCGAUUCGAAACACGGCUGGUGGUGAUGGGUCACCCGCCGGCAGCAUUGACUCUACCACCUCGAGGGAAAGACCUGGUAUCCGGCAUGCCAACCCCAACAGCCGUAGCCAAGAGUCAGUUGCGAGGUCGUUCGCGACGGCACGAAGCGAGGAUGUGCCGAGCAUACCACCGCGCUCACGCAACGGGAUGCAGGGCCCUGGUGCGCCUGGCCGCUUCGGGGAUCCGUCAGAGCCUCCCACGCAGCCUCUACCUACUCCUCCUCAGCAGGGUCAGGCUCCAUCUCAGUCACGAUCACAGUCAUCGCUAGCCGGGUCCAGGCCGAGGACCCCCCGCGAAGAGCAGCCCUCCGCGCCCGAGCGUCGAAGGCCACCAAUGGAUCCCACGCGUCCACAAGACCGUGAUUUGGUACCGCCACCUCUGUCGGCCAAGAGGGAUGUCGCUGGCAGAGAGUCUCCAGCGCGAGACACGCCACCAAGAGCCUCGACACCCAAGGACCCGGUGGCACCCCCUCCGCGCAGCAGUGAGCGCAUGUCACCUAGGAAGGACUCCUUGAGCUACAGACCAGGCACCGCGACUUCCUUGGCAAGCACAAUACAGGACCGUAGCACUCCACCGCCAUCGUUCAGCGCGGCGGCCAAGGCUGAGUCUCCUCGGCCAAGGGAGCCUGUGGCAUCACCGCCAGCACCAGUGACCUCGCCCGAGCCGGAGGAGGCAAACACAGUCAAGAGUGAGGCGUCAGCCCCCUCGACACCCAUGAGCGAGCCCAUGUCACCACCUGAACCACCGCCUGUACCGGAAGAAGAAGCACGGCCUGGUCUGGGACCCAUGAUCAAAGCGCAGAGAUCAAAGGGCGAGAUUGCUGGCGCAUUCCGCAAAGCGGCGUCGGCUGCCGCCAUGGCCAAUGCAUUCAAGCCGCGCCCAGGAGGCGCUGGCGAGAGGCUUCGUCAAGCCGCGCAACAAAUGCAGAAUAAAACGUCCGACGAACCUGACGGCAUCACUGGCGUCGUCCCGGCACCGCCAAAACCAGUGCCAGAGCGACCCAAGUCAAGAACCGAGCGCGAGGCCACUCCUGAGCCUGUUCCUCCCCCAAGAGCACCGCAGCGUGCCUCCAGGGUCCCCGAGGUCAAGAUCUCGGUGCCGACCUCCAGCAGCCGACCGCCGAGUCAACAGGGCCCCGUCGAGGAGCAGACCAAGGAAGCUAUUGCCGUGCACGAGCUCGAGCCACCAAAGCCCCCGCCGCGUAAGUCGCUGGUCGCCCGGCAAGACGCGAAAUACCUCCAAAGCUUGGGCAUCGACCCGAUUGUCCUCGACGGCCGGAGCGAAGAGUUUGGGACCUGGCUUGACCAUUUUGGCUGGAUCCCUGGCCAGCAGAUGCAGUCCUGCAACAUGGAGGAGAUGCAGUUCGAUCUGGAGCGUGAGAUCAACAAGGCACAAGCUGGUGGUUGGCUGGCUCGCUUCCAGGAAGAGGAUGACCGCGUGGACGCAAUCAAACUAGGGAUCGAUGUCGCCAUCUCCGAGUGUGAGGAGUUGGAUAACCUUCUGACGCUGUACUCGGUGGAACUCUCCACCCUGUCCGAAGACAUUGCCUACAUUGAAGCGCAAGGUCAAGGUCUGCAGGUGCAGACGGCGAACCAGAAGCUGCUCAAGAAGGAGCUUGAAUCGCUCCUCGAGACAUGUGCCAUCACCAGCACGGACCUCGACCCUCUACGCCUCGCGCCAAUCGACCACCUCCGCGGUCUGGAGGACGUCGAGCAGGCAUUGGUCACGCUGUACAGGGCCAUGGCCAAAAUGGACGGAGCGCACAGUCUCAAGGCUAGUCCCACCACAGCUCCUGAUGGCAGUGGGCUCAAGUCGGACUUUGGUGACAUGCGAAUCGUGCAGGAGAAGAAGGAAAUGUACAUCCAAGAAAGCUCCAGCUUCAUUCGUCGGCUACUCGAGUUCAUGCCUCAGCAGUACGACCAGGCAUUUGCUGAGACGAAGCGAGCCAUGGAGGGCGCCCUAUCGAAGAAGGCCGAUGUAGCCCACCACGACGCGGGGCGAGACAUGCUGUGGCGGUACAAUCCUCUGAUGCUCUAUACUCGAUUCGCCGAGCGCGGCAGCUGGGAUGCCCUGGUUGCCAUGUACCAGGAAAAGGGAGCGCCCAUCUACAAGAACGAGUUCCUGACUGUCAUUAUGAGCUGGAAGAAGAAUGCUCGCAAGGUAACGGGCGGGGAAGCCGAGCUGCUAUUCACUUCGCAGAGCGAGAAGCAGCAGGAGAACGUGGCGACGGCGGCGAGAAAAGCAACCGUCAAGCGAAGCCAGACACUAGCGCGAGCCUGGCGAUCGCCUUUGGCCGAUGGCAACAGCAAGGGAGAGCGUGACAAGGCCGCCAACGAUGGGCGGAGCUUCCCAUACGAGGUGUUUGCCGGCGUGCUGGAUGAUCUGCUCCCUCUCGUCGAGAUGGAACAGAACUUUAUCAUUGACUUUUUCCACGCCACGACGCUCGAGCAAUCUGAUUUUCCCGAUUGCGUGGCUGCCGUGAAGCCUCGCGACCGUCGCGGCGGUGACUUGAGGCGCCACCGCUUGAUGGAGCCUGACCGUGACCUGGCGAAGAGGGUCACGCGCGCGAUGGAUGUCAUGUUUGCAUUCCUCGAUUCCGAGCUCACGAGGCUCAUGGAAUGGGUUAUUGGGCAGGACCCCAUGCAAGCCAUUGGUGUCAUGGUGACCGUGGAGAAGAAGCAGGCCGAGAUCUCCCAGUCCAACCAGGACUUCCUCAAUACCAUUUUCCAGAAGCAGCACGGGCUCCUCAAGGGUCGACUGCGCAAGUUUGUGGAUGACCAGGUCCGCGCCAUCGAGGACACCAAGGUCAAGAUCAAGAAGCGCAAGGGCGUCAUCUCCUUCAUCCGCGUCUUCCCCCACUUCUCGACCGCCGUGGAGAACAUGCUGACUGGCGUCGACACGACGCUGCCCAUCCGGAAGACGAUUGACAACGAGUACGACCGCAUGCUCAAGUCCAUGUUCGACUCGCUCAAGGUCAUUGCGCGCGAGAAUCCCGCGGUCGGUGUCUCGAUGGGUGGUGCGGACCCCGAGGACAAGGAAGCGCUCAACUUCCACAUUCUCCUCAUUGAGAACAUGAACCACUUUCUCGAAGAGACGGACACGCGUGGUCUCGAGACGCUCGAGACGUGGAAGACCAAUGCUGAGACGGAGUACCACGACCACAUGGAUCUUUACCUUGCCGCCGUCAUGCGUCGUCCGCUGGGCAAACUCCUCGACCACCUCGAGAACAUUGAGGCGCAGCUGCAAUCUGGCAAGGCACCCGUUUCCAUUGCCGCGCAACCAUCCAACUCCAAGAGCAUCUUCAACAAGGUCCUGGGCCAGUACGAUGCCAAGGAGGUGCGCAAGGGCAUCGAGGCGCUGCGCAAAAGGGUGGACAAGCACUUUGGCGACGCGGACGAUCCGGCGCUCAGUCGUGACCUGGUGGCCAAGGUGCUGCGGGAGUGUGAGGGGUUUUACGGGGAUGUGGAAUCGAGACUCGGACGAAUUGUCACGGAUAUCUACGGGGGAGACGUCUUGUUUGAGUGGCCCAGGGCCGAGGUCAAGGCUGCAUUUAGGUGA